GGGUCUGGGGCAGCAGCUUGGUGAUUUCUGGGCUCACCCCUGGCUGGUUGGGUCCUCUCCAGGGCUGGGGGCUGCUUGGCAGAGCCAUGGGGCUCGCAGCUCUGUGAGGGCUUAGUGCAUCCUCCCCGGCACACAGAGACACGGUGUGGUUGGGAUAGAGGAGAUGGAGAACUUUAACCUGAGCUCUGGAGGGGAAAACCUGUAUCUUAAAUGGGAAAGGCAAAGCUGAGGAUCCGCCUGUGCCUGCUGCUGCUCUGCUCGCCCCGGGGGACGCAACCCAGGUCCUAAGGCUGCCCAGGCCUCCAAAAUGGUCAUGCAAAGACACCACCUCACCUGCGCAGGAAUAGCACUGGCCCUCUGCCUUCAUCACCUCGUCAGCGCCAUCGAAGUCCCUCUGGAUUCAAAUAUUCAGAGUGAAUUGCCUCAGCCCCCCACAAUCACCAAGCAGUCUGUGAAGGACUACAUCGUUGACCCAAGAGAUAAUAUCUUCAUUGAAUGUGAAGCCAAAGGGAACCCCGUUCCCAUUUUUUCCUGGACACGGAACGGGAAGUUCUUCAACGUGGCGAAGGACCCCAAGGUGUCCAUGCGGCGGCGGUCAGGGACAUUGGUCAUCGACUUCCACAGUGGAGGGCGGCCGGAGGACUAUGAGGGGGAGUACCAGUGCUUUGCCCGGAAUGACUACGGCACUGCCCUCUCCAGCAAAAUCCACCUCCAGGUCUCCAAGUCUCCCCUGUGGCCCAAGGAGAAGGUGGAUGUGAUAGAGGUGGAUGAAGGUGCUCCGCUCAGCCUGCAGUGCAACCCGCCGCCGGGCCUGCCUUCUCCUGUCAUCUUCUGGAUGAGCAGCUCCAUGGAGCCCAUCCACCAGGACAAGCGGGUGUCCCAGGGCCAGAAUGGUGACCUGUACUUCUCCAACGUCAUGCUGCAGGACGCCCAGACCGACUACAGCUGCAAUGCUCGCUUCCACUUCACCCACACCAUUCAGCAGAAAAACCCCUACACCCUCAAGGUGAAAACCACCCGAGGGAUUACGGAAACAACUCCCAGCUUCAUGUAUCCCUACGGGACCUCGAGCAGUCAGAUGGUGCUGAGGGGGGUGGACCUCUUGCUGGAGUGCAUUGCUUCAGGAGUACCAGCACCAGACAUCAUGUGGUACAAGAAAGGAGGCGAUCUCCCAGUAGGCAAAACCAAGCUGGAAAACUUUAACAAGGCUCUUCGUAUCUCCAAUGUCUCCGAGGAAGACUCUGGGGAGUAUUUCUGCUUGGCGUCCAACAAGAUGGGCAGCAUCCGCCACACGAUCUUGGUGAGAGUGAAGGCUGCUCCAUACUGGCUGGACGAACCCCAAAACCUCAUCCUGGCCCCCGGGGAGGACGGCAGGCUGGUGUGUCGAGCCAAUGGGAACCCCAAGCCUGCCAUCCAGUGGCUGGUGAAUGGCGAACCUAUAGAAGCGUCUCCCCCCAACCCGAGCCGAGAGGUGGCUGGAGACACCAUCGUCUUUCGAGACACGCAGAUCGGCAGCAGCGCUGUGUACCAGUGCAACGCCUCCAACGAGCACGGCUACCUUCUGGCCAACGCCUUCGUCAGCGUCCUGGACGUGCCUCCACGGAUACUGGCCCCCCGCAAUCAGCUCAUCAGGGUGAUUCAAAACAACAGGACCCGACUGGACUGCCCCUUCUUCGGCUCCCCAAUCCCCACCCUGAGAUGGUUUAAGAACGGCCAGGGGAACACACUGGAUGGAGGAAACUACAAGGCACAUGAGAACGGGAGCUUGGAGAUGACCAUGGCUCGGAAGGAGGACCAGGGCAUCUACACUUGUGUGGCUACCAACAUCCUGGGUAAAGCAGAGGCCCAGGUUCGCCUGGAGGUCAAAGACCCAACGAGGAUCGUGAGAGGACCAGAAGAUCAGGUGGUGAAGAGGGGCUCCAUGCCUCGCCUCCACUGCCGCGUGAAGCACGACCCCACGCUGAAACUCACGGUCACCUGGCUGAAAGACGAGGCACCCCUGUACAUGGGAAACAGGAUGAAGAAAGAAGAUGAUGGUCUGACAAUCUAUGGCGUGGCUGAGAGGGACCAAGGGGAUUACACCUGCGUAGCCAGCACGGAGCUGGACAAGGACUCGGCUAAGGCCUACCUCACCGUGCUAGCUGUCCCCGCUAACCGUUUGAGAGACUUACCUAAAGCACCAGACAUCAUGUGGUACAAGAAAGGAGGCGAUCUCCCAGUAGGCAAAACCAAGCUGGAAAACUUUAACAAGGCUCUUCGUAUCUCCAAUGUCUCCGAGGAAGACUCUGGGGAGUAUUUCUGCUUGGCGUCCAACAAGAUGGGCAGCAUCCGCCACACGAUCUUGGUGAGAGUGAAGGCUGCUCCAUACUGGCUGGACGAACCCCAAAACCUCAUCCUGGCCCCCGGGGAGGACGGCAGGCUGGUGUGUCGAGCCAAUGGGAACCCCAAGCCUGCCAUCCAGUGGCUGGUGAACGGUGAACCUAUAGAAGCGUCUCCCCCCAACCCGAGCCGAGAGGUGGCUGGAGACACCAUCGUCUUUCGAGACACGCAGAUCGGCAGCAGCGCUGUGUACCAGUGCAACGCCUCCAACGAGCACGGCUACCUUCUGGCCAACGCCUUCGUCAGCGUCCUGGACGUGCCUCCACGGAUACUGGCCCCCCGCAAUCAGCUCAUCAGGGUGAUUCAAAACAACAGGACCCGACUGGACUGCCCCUUCUUCGGCUCCCCAAUCCCCACCCUGAGAUGGUUUAAGAACGGCCAGGGGAACACACUGGAUGGAGGAAACUACAAGGCACAUGAGAACGGGAGCUUGGAGAUGACCAUGGCUCGGAAGGAGGACCAGGGCAUCUACACUUGUGUGGCUACCAACAUCCUGGGUAAAGCAGAGGCCCAGGUUCGCCUGGAGGUCAAAGACCCAACGAGGAUCGUGAGAGGACCAGAAGAUCAGGUGGUGAAGAGGGGCUCCAUGCCUCGCCUCCACUGCCGCGUGAAGCACGACCCCACGCUGAAACUCACGGUCACCUGGCUGAAAGACGAGGCACCCCUGUACAUGGGAAACAGGAUGAAGAAAGAAGAUGAUGGUCUGACAAUCUAUGGCGUGGCUGAGAGGGACCAAGGGGAUUACACCUGCGUAGCCAGCACGGAGCUGGACAAGGACUCGGCUAAGGCCUACCUCACCGUGCUAGCUGUCCCCGCUAACCGUUUGAGAGACUUACCUAAAGAACGACCCGACCGGCCCCGUGACUUGGAGCUGACAGACCUGGCCGAGAGGAGCGUGCGGCUGACGUGGAUCCCUGGUGAUGACAACAACAGCCCCAUCACAGACUACAUCGUCCAGUUUGAGGAGGACCGGUUCCAACCUGGCAUGUGGCACAACCACUCCAGGUACCCCGGGAGCGUCAACUCGGCCAUCCUGAGCCUCUCUCCUUACGUCAACUACCAGUUUCGGGUGAUCGCGGUGAACGACGUGGGCAGCAGCCUGCCCAGCGUACCCUCUGAACGGUACCAGACCAACGGGGCACGUCCUGAAAUUAACCCAACAGGAGUUCAAGGUGCAGGGACUCAAAAAAACAACAUGGAGAUAACCUGGACGCCUCUGAAUGCAACUCAAGCUUAUGGGCCCAACCUCAGGUACAUUGUGAGAUGGAGGCGGAGGGACCCCCGAGGGAGCUGGUACAACGAGACAGUGAAGGCACCGAGGCACGUGGUCUGGAACACCCCCAUCUACGUACCCUACGAGAUCAAAGUGCAGGCGGAGAAUGACUUCGGUAGAGCGCCGGAGCCUGACACCUACAUCGGCUAUUCGGGGGAAGAUUAUCCCAAGGCUGCACCUACGGAUGUUAGGAUAAGAGUUUUAAACAGCACUGCCAUUGCUCUGACCUGGACCCGGGUGCACCUGGACACCAUCCAGGGACAGCUCAAGGAGUACAGAGCCUAUUUCUGGAGAGACAGUAGUUUGCUGAAGAACCUGUGGGUCUCCAAAAAACGGCAGUAUGUGAGUUUUCCUGGAGACCGAAACCGGGGCAUAGUGUCCCGGCUGUUUCCUUACAGCAACUACAAGCUUGAGAUGGUUGUAACCAACGGGCGAGGAGAUGGGCCACGCAGUGAAGUUAAGGAGUUCCCCACACCAGAAGGAGUGCCCAGCUCCCCUAGGUAUUUAAGAAUCCGACAGCCCAAUCUGGAAACCAUCAAUCUGGAGUGGGAUCACCCAGAGCAUCCCAACGGAGUCCUCACGGGAUACAACCUUAGAUAUCAAGCCUUUAACGGAACCAAAACGGGCCGAACCCUGGUAGAGAACUUCUCUCCCAAUCAGACAAGGUUCACCCUGCAGAGGACAGACCCCAUCUCGCGCUAUCGCUUCUUCCUGCGUGCACGGACCCAGGUGGGAGAAGGAGAAGCCAUAGUGGAGGAGUCACCAGCUUUGCUGAACGAAGCCACGCCAACCCCAGGUACCGUACCAGCCGGAGGAGCUGCAACUGGGCUGCCUCCAACUACAGUGGGUCUAACCAGUACUACAACCUCCCCAACUACCACCACCGACACCACAACUACCGACACAACUACCACUACUACCACCGACACAACUACCACAACUACCACCGACACAACUACCACAACCACCACCACCACCACAGCUGCCACCACUCUACCUGCCACCACCAUCGCAAGUGCUACAGCAGCUACAGAGAGGGCUCCGGCAGCCACCACAAAGCAGGAGUUGGCCACCAAUGGAUCCUUCAUAUGGGACAUAAGAGCUAUGGCUAAUAGUAACUGGGCAAACAUCACCUGGAGCCACAAUUACUCUGCAGGAACUGACUUUGUGGUUAAGUAUAUCACCAGUAACAAGACAGAGAAAUCUAUCCCUGUUAAAGCUCAGACCCCUUCCUCUGUGCAGCUGGCGGAUCUGACGCCGGGGAUGAUGUACAAGCUGUGGGUGUUCCCCAUAUGGUCUAGCCCCAGCGAACACUCGUACAUAACCUUUACCACCAGCUCAGCUUAUACCAAGAACCACGUGGACAUCGCGACGCAGGGCUGGUUCAUCGGGCUGAUGUGUGCCAUAGCUCUCCUGGUCCUCAUCCUGCUGAUAGUCUGCUUCAUUAAGAGGAGCAGAGGCGGGAAAUAUCCAGUGCGAGACAAUAAAGACGAGCACCUCAAUCCUGAAGACAAGAACGUAGAAGAUGGCUCGUUCGACUACAGCGAUGAAGACAACAAACCCCUGCCCAACAGCCAGACCUCCUUGGACGGCACGAUAAAGCAGCAGGAGAGCGACGACAGCUUGGUGGACUAUGGAGAGGGGGGAGAAGGGCAGUUUAACGAGGACGGCUCCUUUAUCGGCCAGUACACGGUGAAGAAGGACAAAGAGGAGACCGAAGGCAACGAGAGCUCGGAAGCCACCUCCCCAGUCAAUGCUAUCUACUCCCUGGCAUAGCAAGAUGCCCUGGAACCACCAACGGCCCGAGGGGUUUGUAGUGGAUGGGGGUUAGACAACAGCCGCCGCCGCCACUACCUCCAACAGGAACAUGUGAAUGAAACCAACCAACGGUGACAAAAACAAAAAAUAA